AUGUUGCGUCAAACUGCUUCCGUCAACCAAAAUACAGCCUCUCGUCAGUCUUGCGCGAGUGUUAAUCGCUCUACUGCACACCUCCAAUCAACCCCACCCAAUCUCCAACAAUACAACCCAAUGCGCGGUCAGACGAAUCCCACCCCAGCCGUUCCCAAUGGAGGUCACCCCCCGGCAGCAGCUCAACCCGACGGCACCCCUGGCGGCAAUCGUAAUGAGCCCAAUGGUAACCCUGAUUCAAGCGACCAUGAUGAUCAAAGGUCUUUACCAGAUGAAGAGGGGCUGUAUGUUAGGCCUUUGGAGCUCGAAGGCCUGGUCCAACUUGACGAGAGACAAACCCAGAUGUUGAACCGUCUUUUGUUGACUCCCCCCAAGGGCCAAUGGCGGGUGUCAAUGAUGACCAACAUGGCGAUCCUCAACCAAUUGGCCAAUGGGGUACUGGGAACUGAGGUAGUCCCUCCGCCGGGCCCCAUCCCACCACCGGUGAAUCCUGCUUCGCGUGAUCUCAAGACAUUUGUCCGCAUCAAAAUCCGCGAACUCCUCACUCAGGGAAAUUUGGAUGCUUACAGCCGCACUCAUUUGACUGGCGGCGUCCCCAUCAAUUGCACUCCAUUGGUCCUCUUGACGGCAUUCCUUGCCGCGCAAACGCCAGAAUUCCAAGCCAAACAACUCCCGGCCGGCUGGCUGAGAAAUCAUGUGUCCAACAGGAGUGUCCUGGGCAUGUUGCGAGUCCUCUUGAAGCACGAGAGAGGGAAUUUGCGUAAUCUGCUUUUGAGCAAUAUCAAGUCUUCCAACCGCCGUCCAGUUGAUGGCCCGGUCCCCAGCCUGAUGCAAUUGAUUAUGAUUAUUGAUUGA